GGGGCUGGGGCCGGGGCCGGGAGCGGCGGGAGGAGCCGCGGUCCCUCUGUGUUCUGUCUGCAGUGCCGAGCGGAGCUGCCGGGCCCGCGGAGCCCCGCGAGCUGUUCCAGGCAUGAGUGCCCAGGCCUGCCCCCAGCACUGAGACCCGGAGCCGCCAGGAUGCCGAUCCCUCCUCCCCCGCCGCCGCCCCCCGGCCCCCCGCCGCCCCCCACCCUCAGCCAGGCGAACACGGAGCCGCCGAAGCUGAGCCGAGAGGAGCAGCGGGGCCGCGGGGCCCUCCUGCAGGACAUCUGUAAAGGGACCAAGCUCAGGAAAGUGACCCAAAUCAAUGACAGGAGUGCACCCAUCUUGGAAAAGCCCAAGGGCAGCGGCGGCAGCAGCUACGGCUCCGGCUCAACUGCCAUCCAGCCUAAGGGCGGCCUCUUCCAAGGCGGCGUUCCCAAGCUCAGACCUGUGGGAGUCAAGGACAGCUCAGACAGCUCCACUAAACAAACACUACAAGUACCCGGCUCCCGAGCAGCUGCUCCCAGGCCCCCCGUGCCGGCCAACAACAGCCGCCCUCAGGACGAUGCCGACAGCAACCGGGGCUCCCCGCCGGAACUGCCGCGCACGCAGAGACCCUCCCUGCCUGACCUGUCGCGGCCCGGCGCCGCCGGUGGCACCGGCAUGAAGCACAGCUCCUCGGCCCCGCCGCCCCCGCCGCCGGGACGCCGCGCCGCCGCCCCCCCGGCGCCCCCUGCAGCGCACGCCAAGGCCUCGCCCUACAACCGGGAGAAGCCGCUGCCGCCCACCCCGGGACAGCGCCCGCCCGGCAGCAGGGACGGGCCCCCCGCCCCGCCGCCCAUCAAACCCCCCCCUUCCCCCGUCAGCCUCCGCUCGGGCGCUCAGGGCCAGGCCCUCGCCCCCCCGCCGCCCCCGUACCGGCAGCCCCCCGGUGUCCCCAACGGCCCCUCCAGCCCCAGCAGCGAGUCGGCCCCGGAGCUGCCGCAGAGACACAACUCCUUGCACAGGAAGGCACCGGGCCCCUUGCGGGGUCUGGCGCCGCCGCCGCCCGCUGCUGCCUCCCCGAACCUGCAGAGCAGCCGCCCCCCGCCGCCGGCCAGGGACCCCCCGAGCCGUGGAGCAGCUCCGCCGCCCCCGCCGCCGAUGCUGCGGAACGGGGGGCGCGACGCCCCCCCGCCCCCACCCCCCUACAGACUGCACGGCCCCGCCGAGCCCCCCAGCCGGGGGAAGCCCCCGCCGCCACCCACCCGCACCCCGGCCGGGCCCCCGCCGCCGCCGCCGCCCGUGCGCAACGGGCACCGUGACUCCAUCUCCGCCGUCAGAGCGUUCCUGGAUGACUUUGAAUCCAAAUACUCCUUUCAUCCCGUUGAAGACUUCCCAGCCCCAGAGGAAUAUAAAUACUUCCAGAGAAUCUACCCCAGCAAAACAAACAGAGCCACGCGUGGGGCUCCCCCUCUGCCCCCCAUCCCCAGGUGAAAGCGGGCUGUGCGGGUGGAUUGUUCCAGAGCAGAGACGUGGAGCUCCUUCCCCUUCCUCAGCCGGACCCUCCCCCAGCUCCCAGCGCCCCGGAUCCUGCAUGACACACUCCCAGCCUCUCUGGUUCUCCCAGGACACCAGAUCCCCCCCGUGCAGCGUGCUCCGCCAGCCUCCCCUCAUCUAUGCACCCGCCAGGAGUCGGUGACCUGGUGGCAAGCCUGGAUGGGGCCAUCCCUCAUUGCUCCUCAUGGAUCUGCCUGGGAGCCAGGCACAGGACUUGAGGCCGAGCUGUGUGCUGGCUGUGGGGACCAGGGGGGUCAUGGAGGGGUGGCUGGGGUCAGGCAGGGGAUGGACACGCUGUGACACCCCCCAAAGCGAGGGGGAGCGGGACAGAGCCUCGUGAUCCUGGUGGAACCUUGUUAUCCCGGCACAGCCCAUUGCUUUUUUGCACAGGAGCCAGUGGAGGCAGGGGGGAACGUGAGCGGGACCAUGCAGGGACACCCCAAGAGCUGGUGGGGACCCCCUUUCUCUGACUCCACAGGGGGGCACACCCCCAUGUGCCCCCCUCAAAACCACUGCUCCCCUGGCUCUCACUGCUGACUCCCCCCAAACUUGAGCAUUUUAACGAGGAAACACUAAUUACAUGGGGAGGGGGCCGUUGGUGCUGGGUCUGGCACACCAGGGGGCACGUGGGGGGGCCCUGGGGGCCGGGGAUGUUUUGCCUUACACUCCCUGUCCCACGGGGGGGUCACACUAACGUAGUUACUGAUCUCUUUGUACCAUAGCAGGAAGGGCACGGGGUGCAGGGGGCCACCCCUGCAAGCAAUUGGGUUUGGGCUCAUUCAGGGGAUUAUUUUUUUUUUUCUAUGAUGUUGGACCUUCCCCUGUUGAGGCUGGAGCGAGGUGGGUGAGGGGUGAGUGGGGGGUUUCUCUGGAGAAUGAGGCCCCCCCCCCCAGUGCUGCCCUUUGGGUUAAAUAAAGGUUCAAUACGGUUCUGCCCCUCCUGGAGCGAGGGGCCCUUUUAAAAGGGAACAGGAAUUUGGAGGAGCUGGAAAUUACAUUUAAAUAAAAGUAAUAAAGUAA